UAUAGUCAACAUGGCUGUAGACACAGAAGUAUAAAAUUUGUUCGUUGUAAACCAAGCUAAUUUAACAAAAAUAUCUUCCAUUAUAUUUUUAUCGUCUGUAAGUUUCAGUAUAUAAAACACCAUUUUCUUGCUCUGACGACAAACACAGCUGUGGUGUCAAAAUGAGCAAUAUUUACAUUCAAGAGCCUCCAACAAAUGGAAAGGUCCUGUUGAAGACCUCAGCAGGUGAUAUUGACAUUGAGUUGUGGUCCAAGGAAGCUCCUAAAGCAUGCAGGAACUUUGUGCAACUGAGCAUGGAAGGUUACUAUGAUGGCACAAUAUUCCACAGAGUGGUGCAUGACUUCAUUAUUCAAGGUGGAGAUCCCACUGGAACAGGGACGGGUGGAGAGUCCAUCUAUGGCCGGACAUUCAAGGAUGAAUUUCACUCCAGAUUGCGCUUCAAUCGAAGAGGUUUGGUUGCCAUGGCGAAUGCUGGGCCACACGACAAUGGCAGUCAGUUUUUCUUCACCUUGGCACGUGCAGAUGAGCUAAACAAUAAACACACCAUAUUCGGCAAGGUCACAGGAGACACAGUUUAUAACAUGCUCAGAUUAGCAGAAGUUGAAUGUGACAAUGAUGAAAGACCUCUGAAUCCCCACAAAAUAAAAACGGCUGAGGUGCUUCAUUCUCCUUUUGAUGACAUAAUACCUCGUGAAACAAAGAGAGCCAAAAAGGAAAAAGACAAAGAGGAGGGAAAGAAAUCACAAUCAAAAGCUACAAAGAACUUCAGUCUGUUGUCGUUUGGAGAGGAAGCUGAGGAGGAAGAGGAGAUGGUGAAUCAAGUCAGCCAGACAUUCAAGGGAAAAAGCAAAAGCAGCCACGACCUUCUGAAAGAUGAUCCGAGGCUGAGCUCUGUCCCAGCAGUUAAUAAGAAGAAAAAGAAAGGGACACCUGGAGAUGCAGCCGAGGCGGACGAUGAUGAGGCCGAUGAUGAUGUUGAAGAUGAUGCGGAUGAAGAAUACGACUCGGAUGAGAGAGAGCGGAUGAGGGAGCUCGUCAGUCAAAAGCUGAAGAAAGAAAAGGGCGCGGAGAAAGUGACGGAGGCCAGUGAGGAAGAGCGAGGGAAGAAGAGCAGCCGCAGUGAUGAAUUACGGAAAGAGGCACGCCAGUUAAAGAAGGAGCUGCAGGCCAUAAAGCAAAGGAAAGAAGAAAGUUUAAAACCUGCAGUGGAAGAAGUGAAGGACGUGGAUAAAAAGCCAACCAACGAGGCGGUGGCCGAGUACCUGGAGGGAAGAAAGAAGUACGAAGAGCAAAGGAAACAAAAGCUGAAGAAAGGCUCAAACAGAGAAGCGCAGACUCUGGCCCUUCUCAAUCAGUUCAAGUCCAAGCUGUCGUCCGCCAUCACUGAGGCUCCAGAGGACGACGUGGAGGAGCUGGCAGAAGACGACGACAAAGGAUGGAUGGGCCAUGUUCUGCAGUUUGAUGAGCAAACCAGAAAAGUCAAGGAUGCCAACAUGCAGGACGAGGACACGUUUGAGAUCUACGACCCGCGCAACCCCGUCAAUAAACGGAGGAGAGAGGAGAGCAAGAAGAUCAUGAAGGAGAAGAAGGCCAAAAGGUGAGGUCGCGAGGUCGGAGGUCAGGUCCCGCCCAAGCCACGUGAUUGAAGAACUGGUCAUACAGCAUCCUGCCUGUCCGCUUUUCCACCACUUCAAAAACCUCCAGCUUUUGUUGAACAGUCUCCUGGCUCGAACAUCUGGAUUGAGGAAACUGACCUGAGUGCAUACCAUCCCUGUAAUCCGUGAUGGAAAGGCUUCUUCCCUUGGAACAGCUGCACCCAGACAGUGCUCAGUUACUCAUCAGGAUUAAGACUGUGGUUGCAGUAAUGGUUAAGGUCGUGAUUUGAUUCUGUGUAAUGCUUUUAACUUUUAUGGCAGUUUAGCUUUUUGUUUUUGUUGUCUAGCGUUAAACGUGAGCAUCAGACUUUGCCAGAAAAAUAAAUUACAUUUAUUAACAAGAUAUAAUGAUUUGACUCUGUUCUAUUUUUAUUUUAAAUAAUUGAACGCUGAGUGACCACUUUAUUAGGUACACCUGUACAAUCUAAUGCAAUCCAGUGCAACAGCCAUAAUUUAACGAUCUUCACAAAGCUCGUAAUGUUCAGUUUUUGUGUAAAUGUUAAAAUUGAAUUAUAAGUUUAUUACUGAGGUUAUAGUUAAAGGGGAUGAUGUAGUGGAGAGGUGUUUCUAAUGUUCUGUCCUUCCCAUUGACAGUUAUGCCAGUUGCAGCCCGAGCUGUGUCCACUCACUCAUAUUCUACAUGUUUAACAAUAGUUUUCCCUGUAGUGAACGGUAGAUUUAAAAGGUUUCUGACACUUAUGAAUAAUAAUUUUGCACCAUGAAUUACAGAAUUAUUUUAGUUUGUAAUAAACAAUGAAUAACUUACAAGUAUGCAGCCUACAUGGACUUAUAAGACAGCAAAAAUACAGUUGCCAUGGUGAUACAUUUAUCAGACAAAAACAUGACUUCUUAUAUAAAACACUGGAAUGCAAACAAUAAACUUUGUCUCCUGCCUCAGACUUUUUUGUGGCAGAUGAGAUUAUUGAACUUAAAACAAAUCAUUAUAUAACGAGCAAUAAAAAAAAAAAAUGAACUGGACUUGCCAGAUGAGAAAAGACUUUCUUCAUCAGUGUCAAACGCCUGUAAUUUCACAUCUGUGUGAAAGUGAAAGUGUCGCAUGUUGGUGGAUAAGACUGAUAUCAUAUAACCAACCCCUCCCUGCAUCCACUGUCUGUAUUUCUCUACUGUUACUAUCUACAUGAAGACAAUGUGCUAAAAAAAAAAAAAACUUUGGACACUCAAAUAAAAUGGUGGAAAUAAAUUGCACAAGAUGUGUCUGCUGUAUUGACCUUUCCUACCUUUUAUACCUCAGGUGCUUAUAAUAUUGGUUCUUUUGUUAACCUGGUGAGAAGCAGCACGUUGCAGUGGAGUUUCAGAGUAAAAAGUUUUCUCAAGGUAAAACAGCAGCACCGAUACUGCUACCUAUAAAUAAUACUUUGGAAUAGGCCGUUAAUGAAAAGCCAGGUGCUACUUAAAUGUGAGGAAACCUCGCUUCACAACAGCGGUUUUUACUGGAUUAAAUGAAUAGUUCAACAUUGUGGGAAAUACACUUCUUUGCUUCAGGGGGAGAUGAAAAGAUCAACAACACUCUUGUUUGGCUUGGUUUAGCUCAGCAUAAAGACUGGAAACAGUUAGCCUGGCUCUGUUCAGAAGGAAUAAAAUCCACCUACCAGCACGUCUACAGCUCAUAACUAACAUAUUUCAUCUUGUUUGUUUAAUUUUUAAAGAAACCAAAGUGUAAAAACCAAGGUUUGGUUUUGUGAGGGGAUAUUUGUGCAACAUUUUUUUCCAGUCUUUCUGCUAAGCUAGGCUAAUUGGCUGUGGAGCAAGGGAGUAGGUUUGGUCUCAACAUUGGUAGGGACACAACAACCCUGCCACCCCUCCAAAACAAAGAGAUUGGCUUUUUAAUGCCAUCAACCAAACAGGUGAUUGACAUAUAAAAUCUGAAUUUAUAUUCAGGAAUACCCAUACGCAAAUGUAAUAUAUGUGCAUGUGUUGAAUUUCCAUAUAUGAAAUAUAUGUACAUAUGAAGUAAAAUCAUAUAUGUAUUCAAAAUCACAUACAUUAAAGCACAAAAGGUCAUACUAUAGUGAGGUAUAAAAAAGUCAUGGUGUGGUCAUUGUUACGUGCUGUAGUAUUGUGUAUCUGUGUAUGUGUGCUGGUCUGCCCUCUGCCCAACGCUUUUCUCCGCCAGGUGACUCGGCAUGGCUAUCCCUGAUCCCCAAUCAAGAGAUGGAGCUAUAUAGGCGUAUCGAGUGAGCUUGUUCGGCGCCAAAGUGCCAUCCAGCAGCUGUGGAACUAUCUGUAUGUGUGUCUUAUAUGUGAGAUAGCUGUGUGGAGCUAUAGUGGUUAUCCACGCUGAUAUUGACAGUGAUCCUAUCUAGUGGUUAUUGUUUAUUUGGUUUGUCUUAGUUUUUAGAUUUCUAUUGUGGUUUCUUUUUCUUUUGUGAAUAAAAUUUUUUCUUUGUUUGGGUAUUUCUGUUUU